AUGAAAGUUUUCGGAUUAAUUAUUCCCCUAAUAAUUAGGACCUCUCAGUGUCACAGUAAUUUUACUAUGUAUACAUCUUUGGAAAAGGAACAUGAUUUAGCACAAGUGGUAGUAGUAUAUUUACUAAAUAACAGAAUACUAGCGGAGGAAAAAGAAACAAAACUUAAAGAAUUAAAGACUGACAUAUUAUCAUGUAAAGAGAAAAAGGAUAAGUCGAAAAAUGUAAAAGUCAUAAUUUCCAAAAUUGUGAAUUCAUCUGAAAAGACGUUGAAUAACGAAAUGCAAAACGAUGACUCGUCUAAGAAAAAUACCAAAAAUAGAAUUGUUGAAUUUUUUAAGUAUGUAGAUAGAUAUUUUGAAAAACUAAUAUUUAAUGUACUAUAUUCUAUAAGUUCAGAUGAAGAAGUUGAUUACGAAAAAUAUAAUGAUGAAUUAAAAGAGAGAAUGAAAGAAUAUUUGUUCCUUUUUGAACCUCCUGCAAUGGCAAUGAUUGGAAUUCUUUUUAUAAAUCAGGAAACAUCGUGGCUUUCUAUUAUAUUACUUCUUAUAUCAUCUAUGUUAAUUAUUUACUGUAUUGCAAAAAUUUUAAAAUAUGACAGACUACAUAAAAAUUUGUUUACGUUACAAAAUAUUUUAAAAGAAAUUUCAAGGAUUAAAAACGUCCCGAGUAAUAUUGUAUUAAGAAUUAACGAAAUGGUGAAAAAACUUACCUUUAAAUGGAAAAGGAAGAACUAUAUAUUUUUUAGUGCAUCAAGGUAG